CUUACGGAGGCGCUGGUGCUGGAGAGGACGAGGGCGGAACAGCUGUCGAGCGUCAGGAACCUCAACUUGUGGGGGAGCAACCUGGAAGAUGUUUCCAUCCUCAAGCAAAUGCCCAAUGUCGAGGUCCUGUCUCUGUCCGUCAACAGGAUCCGAACGCUCUCAGACUUCCGGCAUUGCCUGAAGCUAAGUGAACUCUACCUGCGUAAGAAUGAGAUCGUUGACUUGAACGAGCUGCGGCAACUGCAGCACCUGAAGAAUCUGUCGGUCCUAUGGCUUUGCGACAAUCCAUGCGUUGGUGAUUGUAUAGCUACGUACAGAGCACAGACUAUAGCCAUGUUGCCCAACAUUACCAAGCUCGACAACAUCGAUGUGACAGAAGAGGAAAGGAGAGAAGCAUCAGAAACCUAU